AUGAAAACCUUACUUCCACAGGAGACGCUGCGCUUAUACCCGACAGUCCCUGUGAUCCCCCGGGUGGCCUCGGAGGACCUCCGGCUGCCCAGAGGGCGGUUGCUGGUCCCUAAGGGCACCGUGCUGCUGUUGGUACCUGGCAUCACGCAACGCGUGCCACAGUUUCACCCAGACCCUCUGAGGUUCGACCCUUCGCGGUUCUCGGACGGCCGCACAGGGAAGGAGCAUGCGUGCAGCUACCUGCCGUUCGGGGUGGGCGCACGCAGAUGCGUGGGCACCCAGUACGCCCGUCUGCAGCUCAAGCUCUUCCUGGCAGAAAUCCUGAGGCGCUUCCGCUUCCUGGCGCACAGCCGCUGGGAGGACCUGGAGGAUGCCUUAGUCGCCACCAGCCUACACACCAUCGAGCCGGUAAGAGUCUCCUGUGUGCCUCUGCAUCCAUCCAGGACAUAA